GAUUCAAACAUCGUCGUGGAAUGUGUUUAGUUUGCAUUUCGAUAGGACUCCGAAAGUGGUUUAACAACCGCCAGCACGCGUCAUAUAGUGGCGCAGUGACAAACUUCUUCUGUCUUCCCAUGCUAGUAUGCUUUUGUUUUUAGUUUGACCCCGUACGCACCGUCAAGAGGGAACGACGAACCAGCCAAUUCGCUGCUGCUGCCUACGGUCAACCGUGGAUUGAUAUUGAUUACCACACCACACGGUACAGCAACUAGCGCGACUAGCUCUAGAAAACGGUGUUAUUUUUAGUGGUUUUUGUUCUACUUUGUUUUGUGAAAUCGAUAACUGGCUUGGAAAGGUGCCUAAUUUAUUUUUUAGCUGUAAUAAAAAAUGAAGAAACGAAAACAACUAGGUACGGGUGGAUGAAGUGUGAAUGAUUUGAGUUUCGGUUUAGUGAAGAUUGUAGAAACGAAUAAAGUCACAGUGUGCCGUGCAGGAAUUUUGCGGUACUUUGAAUAAUUGGUGUCAGGCACGGAAGUGCCGUACUUAAAAGUUGCAUACCAGGUGGAAAUAGUUUUCAGCUGUGCGGCGAAUGAACGUGAGGAAAACGUCCACACUGCGGAUCUGCAGGAAUUUUCCGGUGUGGGUUGGUUGCAAUCUGGUGGAAAUAAAUUUCGACGUUAGAAGACAGUCGCGGAGAAGUGCGCAUUGAAAUGAAAUUAUUUCCAAAGGUAGUUUCUCGUUAACUUGUGUCCCCUGAAACGCUUGACGAAAGGAAAACAGGCAUCCGGUCACGAAAGUUGAAGAACCUGGUUAUAAAACGAAACUAACCAAAAAAUAUAGGCGAACGAAUGCACGCAUACAAACACGCGACGCAGGCGGAUCGAAAUAAGAAAAAAACUUGUUUACAAAUCGAACCGGUGAAGAAUAAUAACCAUUUAUUACAUUGUGAGUGAAUGUCGCGUUCGCACCCGCACUCGUGAGCCGGCAGUGGCAUGAACUUCCGUCCUAUCGAAAGCCCCGAUCAGCAGCAUCGCAGGGUAGAAGACAGACGGUGAAACGUUUGUUUAUCAUUGGUGACAUGCCGCCAUUCAUCGCGCCGUCGGUUUGCUUUGAUUGAUCCGCGAUCGCGUUCGCGUCGAACGCCGGUAAACAUGGAUAGUGAAAACACACCCAAUAAUCAGCUACUAACGGAGUAGAGCAGAAAAAAAGCCGCCAAAACUCAGUCUGGAAAAUAUUUUUCACCUUCAAGGAACAUGCCACCUUGGAAGCACGGCACCAAACGGGAACACCAAAUCGGGUUAAAUUCUACUAUAUCUAGCACGUCAUCGCCCUUCAUCAUGUACAGAAGAAACAAUAACAGUAGGAUAAGUGAACGCCUUAGUGACACCUGCCUAGCAGACAACAGAUUACGAUGGGUGGUCGUCUUGGUGACCCUAAUGACGAUGCUGUCGACAGCCGAGGCGAUUUGCGACCCCGAGCGAUGGUGGGACCCGGUACAGACGGAUUGCGUUCCGUGUACGGUGUGCGGUGAACAGCAGUUGGUACUACGACCCUGCCAGGAAUACAUGGACACGGUUUGCGGGACUAUGAAAGAUCUGGAUAUGGAUCUUGGUCAGUUGGCUCGCGCCGAAAACCAUCACGAGCAGCGACACUGGAAUGAGGACCGGAGGCACCAUCGGCCGGAUCAUUUACACGGUCAAUCACACGCGGCGGGCAGCCAUACCGCGCAGCACCAGGUGAGCAGCAAACAGAGGGAAAACACCGAAGAGAUUAUGUGGGACUGGCAGGCGGCUUCGCUGUUGCUGGCGAUCAUCGGAUGUCUGCUGUUCUUCUUCGCCGCUGCCAUUAUCGCCCUGAACCAGACGCGCCAGUGGAGGCGAAUCGAGAAGCACUUCGACGCGGAUAUGGAAGCGUUGUCCGCCCAACUCAUGAAUCACCUGUCGAGCAUGCAGCAGCUCGAGAACGGUUCGAUCUUCCUAGACGACGUGAUCAGCAGCCAGAGCGUUGAUGAGCAGCGCCGAUUUCGCAGCGGUGCCGGGCUCCUCGGAGGUCAUCAUCAGCACCAUCGUCAUCACCACCAUCCGAUCGAAGUGCGCUGCGUCUACUUGGAUCAGUUGCUAGAUGAUAAACACACCGUCCAACGGCAGGGACCGGGAAAUCUGUACAUCGAGGAGAACAACGACCGGCUGUCCCCGAUCGGGGCUGGCAACGGUACUGUGGCAAGUGGCACAACAACCCGCCAUCAUCACAAUCAUCAGCUGCAGACCAGAAUGUACUGAAGAGAAAAAAAAUCAGAACAGAAAGAAACCAUUGUGCGUACUAACUACGCAUCAAGAUCAAACGACAAAGUCGAAAAAGAAGAAGAGAGAAAAAAAAACAUGUAUAAAUUGUAACAUAUUAAUUGACCAUUUGUACGCGAAGCACGGGUUGCAGUUUAGAAUCUGGAGCGAAAAGCAUUUCAUCAACUACCUGUCGAAACAUUAUGCCUCACACUUACUUACAAUGAACCAGAAAAAAAGAGAAGAGGAAAAAAUAACCUUAACAAUAAACCAGUAGAAUAGUUGUACAGUAGAAGGUAUUAAAAUUUGUAGGUUCUAACCUUGAUGCUAGUUAUGUGCCUUGUUUAAAAGGAGAUAAUUUUAAAUCAAAGCACUUUGAUUGUAAAUAUGACGCUUCUUAGCUUUAGUGAUGGCGUUCCAGUUUACCUUUGUUUUAAUCAGCAUCAGCAAUGGUAGCAGCAAAUUCCAAACAAUUCGGCUAGUUACGAUUAGUAAGCACAGCACUGUAAUAGUAGUAAGGAGAAAACGCGUGGAAUGGAUUCGAGAAUGGAUCGGAAUGUACCAGGUUGCUGGUUUUGGCCUCGUGAGGCGAUUCGUACGCGCUUUUUGUAGUUAUGAAUGGAGCAUGCCUGUAACGAAAUGCAAAUUAUUUAUCGACCCUGUCGAGCUUCACCUUCA